UAAACAUUGAAACCCCUACCUAAUAGUUUCAUCCUCCAUUCUCAAUUCCGAGCAACAAAGGUUAGAAAACUUAUCCAAAACCAAAUCCUCUUAAACCCUAGCCACCAUUUUCUCCCAAUUCCACACUACCAUGGCGUCAUUAAAUCUAUCCUCAUGCAACCUCUCUUCCUCCGCUUCCAUUUCUUCAUUCCCAUCUUCUUCCCGCAGAAAAACUACCAGCAACGUCGCUCUAACCAGGAAGAAUCGGAACCCUAAAGUCUCAGCCAUGGCCAAGGAGUUGUAUUUUAACAAAGAUGGUUCCGCUAUCAAGAAACUCCAAAAUGGUGUGAACAAGCUUGCGGAUUUGGUUGGUGUUACCCUUGGUCCUAAGGGAAGGAAUGUUGUUCUUGAGAGCAAGUAUGGUUCUCCUAAGAUUGUUAAUGAUGGUGUCACUGUUGCUAGAGAGGUGGAGUUGGAGGAUCCGGUUGAGAAUAUUGGUGCUAAAUUGGUGAGACAGGCGGCUGCCAAGACAAAUGACUUGGCUGGCGAUGGAACUACUACCUCUGUUGUUUUGGCUCAAGGUCUUAUUGCAGAAGGUGUUAAGGUUGUUGCAGCUGGUGCAAACCCUGUGCUUAUCACACGUGGUAUUGAGAAGACAGCGAAAGCUCUUGUUGCUGAACUUAAACUAAUGUCAAAAGAGGUUGAGGAUAGUGAAUUGGCUGAUGUGGCAGCAGUUAGUGCAGGGAACAAUCAUGAGGUAGGAAAUAUGAUAGCUGAGGCGUUGAGUAAGGUUGGUAGAAAGGGUGUCGUGACACUUGAGGAGGGAAGGAGUGCUGAAAACAAUCUGUAUGUUGUUGAGGGUAUGCAAUUUGAUCGAGGAUAUAUUUCACCCUACUUUGUUACUGACAGUGAGAAAAUGACUGUUGAAUUUGAGAACUGCAAGUUGCUUUUAGUUGACAAAAAGAUAUCCAAUGCAAGGGAUCUUAUUAACAUACUAGAGGACGCAAUUAGAAACGGAUUCCCUAUUUUGAUCAUUGCAGAGGAUAUUGAACAAGAAGCUUUGGCAACUCUUGUUGUGAACAAACUUAGAGGAUCACUGAAGAUUGCAGCACUUAAGGCUCCUGGAUUUGGAGAACGCAAGAGCCAAUACCUUGAUGAUAUUGCCAUCUUGACAGGAGGUACUGUUAUCAGAGAGGAGGUUGGCCUUAGCUUAGACAAAGCUGGGAAUGAGGUUCUAGGCACUGCGGCCAAGGUGGUGCUCACCAAAGAUACAACCACAAUAGUAGGUGAUGGAAGUACCCAAGAAGCAGUUACCAAGCGAGUUUCACAAAUUAAGAACCAAAUUGAGGCUGCAGAACAAGACUAUGAAAAGGAGAAGCUGAACGAAAGGAUUGCAAAACUGUCUGGUGGUGUGGCUGUAAUUCAGGUUGGUGCACAAACUGAGACAGAACUCAAGGAAAAGAAAUUGAGAGUUGAGGACGCUCUAAAUGCCACAAAGGCAGCUGUUGAAGAGGGUAUUGUAGUUGGCGGUGGGUGCACUUUGCUCAGACUUGCAUCAAAGGUGGAUGCAAUCAAGGCCACCCUUGCAAAUGAUGAAGAAAAAGUUGGAGCAGACAUUGUUAAAAGAGCUCUUAGUUACCCUCUGAAAUUAAUAGCAAAAAACGCUGGUGUAAAUGGCAGUGUUGUUAGUGAGAAGGUUCUAUCCAACGACGAUACGAGAUACGGAUAUAAUGCUGCCACUGGAAAAUAUGAAGAUUUAAUGUCGGCUGGGAUCAUUGAUCCAACAAAGGUGGUCAGAUGUUGCUUGGAACAUGCAGCCUCUGUUGCGAAAACAUUCUUAAUGUCAGACUGUGUUGUUGUUGAGAUAAAGGAACCCGAAGUUGCACCUGUUGGUAACCCAAUGGACAAUUCAGGAUUCGGUAUGUAGAAGUGGCAGCUGCUUAAAAUGGGAACACCAUUUUCCUCCUAUUUUUUUUCGAUGUAAUACACAAUUUGGUAGCUAUUUUAUUUGUAGGACCAAGUCCAAAUGUAGGACAGAUGGCUGUAGUGUAACGUAACAAUGACAUUUUUGUUUCUCUUGAGCUAAUAAUCGAAAAAGGUUUUGCAAAUCA